AUGGAGACCCAGAGGAGCCGCCUGUGCUGGGGGUGCUGGCCGCUGCUGCUGUUGCUGCUAGGCCUGGCCAUUCCCACGCCUCUGGCCGCCGCCCGGGCCCUGAGCUACCAGGAGGCCGUGCGCCUGGCUGUGCAGGGCUUCAACCAGCGCUCCCGGGAGGCCAGCCUCUACCGCCUCCUGCAGCAGGACCCGCAGCCCCAGGGCGACCUGAACCCAGACACCCCGAAGCCCGUGAGCUUCACCGUGAAGGAGACUGUGUGCCCCAGGACGACGCGGCAGCCCCCCGAGGAGUGUGACUUCAAGGAGAACGGGCUGGUGAAGGAGUGCGCGGGGACCGUCACCCUGGACCAGGACACCGGCUACUAUGACGUCGUCUGCGAGGAGAUCAAGGACGUCAGAUUCAACUACGAUAGGCUGAGCAACAUCAUCAAGAGAGGUGGAUACAAGCUUGGGGAAGGGCUGGAGAUAGUUGGCGGGAUACUCAGGAGGUCAUAAACGAACCUCUCGCCCAAGGAAGAGCCCUGAGGUCUGUUUGGCCCUGGCCCCCGGCCUCUGCGCUCUGACCAAUAAAA